AAAAAAAAAAUUUAUAUAUUCUUAAUUCCCAGCGGCUAAAAUAAAAUUAUUUAUAAAAAAUAAUCGUAUUAUAGUUACUUAUACAAAACGAGUGUCAAUUUUGCAUAGGAAAAGUGACGAUGCGAAUAGACCGACGAUGUCAUCCAUGAAUUCUCAAUGGCCUAAAAGCCGUUGACUUCAAAUCGAGGGUUAAACUGAUGUCGGCUUUAAAGUCACUAAAAGAUCAUUUUGAAAGUUACCCCACUACUAAUUAACAUAUCGCCGAUCUAUGAAGAAAAAUUCAUUUAUAAAAAAAAAUAAUUUUCAAAUAUUCCAAGCUGCCCAACUUCCCUCACUUCCUCUAUAUUUAUCAUAUAAUUAAAAAAAAAAUUUCAGAUAAUUACAAGUAAUGAAAAAUAUUUAUUUUAUUCAUUUUACAAAAAUCAGUCAUAUUUUCUUUUACGUACAAAAAUUAAUUGAAUGACUUAAAAAAAAAUAAUAAAUUGCCAUUGUUGUGUCAUCGCACAAUAUCGCAUCAUAUAAUAAAUAAUCAUUGUUGUGUCAUCGCAUCUAGUCAUAUGACUUAACAAUACAGCAUCCAGCUCUGAAAUUCCUAUCAUAACUUCUGUCAAUCUAUUAUUAAAACAUAUUGACUUCUUUCAAACUGUAAUUAUCGUAUACAAGUCUGAUAUCCAACAGUUUUUUACUUUUCAUACGAUUUGUAGAAACUAGCUUUUAAGAUAACGUUUGUACAGCCUCAUAAUUGUUACUGCUAAAAUAUGUGGCUCAUAUUUGAGUAGUGAUUUAUUGAUAAUUUAUGGUUAAUGAUGGCUUAUGCCAAGGAGUACUAAUAACUUAUGUCAGUGGGCACGUCGUUAUUCAAAGGGCAUUUGAUAAAUAAGCUACAGCUAUGAAACAAAAUAUUCAAAUCAUUUGAUAAUUCUAUUAGAACGUAUUUACGCUCAUAAUAGAUAAAAAUAAAACGCAACGACUAAUCUUAUCAUGAAGGCUGAACAACGUAAUACAUCUACAUGGUUUUUCUUACUAUUCUUAGUAGUGAUCAUAAUUGGAGGGUUGCUAUAUAUCCGUAACCUGACACAAUUUGAUGAAACUUUAAGGGAAGAAUCAUCAGAUAGUAAUCGUGAAUUAGAGGAUAUAAAGUUAGAAUUAUCGAAAAAACGAGAAGAAUUAUCAAAUGUAAAAGACGAAUUAUCAACCAAAUCCAAACAGCUAAGUAAACAAAUAGCAGGCAAGAAUGAAGAGAUAAUUACUGAAAAAGAAAAAGUGAAAGGCCUCAAUAAAAAAAUAAUAGAAAAGGAUGAAGAGAUAACAGCCCAAAAGAAAACUGCGGAACAGCUAAAUGAACAAAUAAAAGCAAAGGAUAAAGAGGUAAAAAUCCAAAAAGAAACAGUGGAAAAGAGAGAUAAACAAAUAGAGGCAAAAGAUGAAGAGAUAAAUGCCCAAAAGAAAACUGUGGAACGGCUAAAUAAACAAAUAAAAGCAAAAGAUGAAGAGAUAAAUGCCCAAAAGCAAACUGCGGAACAGUUAAAUGAACAAAUUAAAGCAAAAGAUCAAGAGAUAAAAACCCAAAAAGAAACAGUGGAAGAGCGAGAUAAACAAAUAGAAGCGAAAGAUGAAGAGAUAAAUGCCCAAAAGCAAACUGUGGAACAGUUAAAUGAACAAAUAAAAGCAAAAGAUCAAGAGAUAAAAACCCAAAAAGAAACAGUGGAAAAGCGAGAUAAACAAAUAGAGGCAAAAGAUGAAGAGAUAAAUGCUCGAAAGGAAACUGUGGAACAGCUAAAUGAACAAAUAAAAGCAAAAGAUAAAGAGAUAAAAACCCAAAAAGAAACAGUGGAAGAGCGAGAUAAACAAAUAGAAGCGAAAGAUGAAGAGAUAAAUGCCCAAAAGCAAACUGCGGAACAGUUAAAUGAACAAAUAAAAGCAAAAGAUAAAGAAAUAAAAGUUCAAAAAGAAACAGUGGAAAAGCGAGAUAAACAAAUAGAAGCAAAAGAUGAAGAGAUAAAUGCCCAAAAGCAAACUGUGGAACAGUUAAAUGAACAAAUUAAAGCAAAAGAUCAAGAGAUAAAAACCCAAAAAGAAACAGUGGAAGAGCGAGAUAAACAAAUAGAAGCGAAAGAUGAAGAGAUAAAUGCCCAAAAGCAAACUGCGGAACAGUUAAAUGAACAAAUAAAAGCAAAAGAUCAAGAGAUAAAAACCCAAAAAGAAACAGUGGAAAAGCGAGAUAAACAAAUAAAAGCGAAAGAUGAAGAGAUAAAUGCCCAAAAGCAAACUGUGGAACAGUUAAAUGAACAAAUAAAAGCAAAAGAUCAAGAGAUAAAAACCCAAAAAGAAACAGUGGAAAAGCGAGAUAAACAAAUAGAGGCAAAAGAUGAAGAGAUAAAUGCUCGAAAGGAAACUGUGGAACAGCUAAAUGAACAAAUAAAAGCAAAAGAUAAAGAGAUAAAAACCCAAAAAGAAACAGUGGAAGAGCGAGAUAAACAAAUAGAAGCGAAAGAUGAAGAGAUAAAUGCCCAAAAGCAAACUGCGGAACAGUUAAAUGAACAAAUAAAAGCAAAAGAUCAAGAGAUAAAAACCCAAAAAGAAACAGUGGAAGAGCGAGAUAAACAAAUAGAAGCGAAAGAUGAAGAGAUAAAUGCCCAAAAGCAAACUGCGGAACAGUUAAAUGAACAAAUUAAAGCAAAAGAUCAAGAGAUAAAAACCCAAAAAGAAACAGUGGAAAAGCGAGAUAAACAAAUAGAAGCGAAAGAUGAAGAGAUAAAUGCCCAAAAGCAAACUGCGGAACAGUUAAAUGAACAAAUAAAAGCAAAAGAUCAAGAGAUAAAAACCCAAAAAGAAACAGUGGAAAAGCGAGAUAAACAAAUAAAAGCGAAAGAUGAAGAGAUAAAUGCCCAAAAGCAAACUGUGGAACAGUUAAAUGAACAAAUAAAAGCAAAAGAUCAAGAGAUAAAAACCCAAAAAGAAACAGUGGAAAAGCGAGAUAAACAAAUAGAAGCGAAAGAUGAAGAGAUAAAUUCCCAAAAGCAAACUGCGGAACAGUUAAAUGAACAAAUAAAAGCAAAAGAUAAAGAAAUAAAAGUUCAAAAAGAAACAGUGGAAAAGCGAGAUAAACAAAUAGAAGCAAAAGAUGAAGAGAUAAAUGCCCAAAAGCAAACUGCGGAACAGUUAAAUGAACAAAUAAAAGCAAAAGAUCAAGAGAUAAAAACCCAAAAAGAAACAGUGGAAGAGCGAGAUAAACAAAUAGAAGCGAAAGAUGAAGAGAUAAAUGCCCAAAAGCAAACUGCGGAACAGUUAAAUGAACAAAUUAAAGCAAAAGAUCAAGAGAUAAAAACCCAAAAAGAAACAGUGGAAAAGCGAGAUAAACAAAUAGAAGCGAAAGAUGAAGAGAUAAAUGCCCAAAAGCAAACUGCGGAACAGUUAAAUGAACAAAUAAAAGCAAAAGAUCAAGAGAUAAAAACCCAAAAAGAAACAGUGGAAAAGCGAGAUAAACAAAUAAAAGCGAAAGAUGAAGAGAUAAAUGCCCAAAAGCAAACUGUGGAACAGUUAAAUGAACAAAUAAAAGCAAAAGAUCAAGAGAUAAAAACCCAAAAAGAAACAGUGGAAAAGCGAGAUAAACAAAUAGAAGCGAAAGAUGAAGAGAUAAAUUCCCAAAAGCAAACUGCGGAACAGUUAAAUGAACAAAUAAAAGCAAAAGAUAAAGAAAUAAAAGUUCAAAAAGAAACAGUGGAAAAGCGAGAUAAACAAAUAGAAGCAAAAGAUGAAGAGAUAAAUGCCCAAAAGAAAACUGUGGAACGGCUAAAUGAACAAAUAAAAGCAAAGGAUAAAGAGAUAAAAAUCCAUAAAGAAACAGUAGAAAAGCGAGAUAAUCAAUUAGAAGAGAAGAAUAGAGAAUUACUAAUAGUAAAGAAAACAUUGUCAAACAGUAAAAUUAGAUCGAUGAUCGCAAAAAUUGAUUUAUCACAAAGAGACCAGAAUAUAUCAAACAUCAAACGUAGAUUGAAACAGUUUUAUAUUAACGAUUACAAUUUAUCUAACGAUGAUAUAGAAAUUGUAGAUAACUACAACUAUGAUUCUACUGACGAUGAAGUUCAUUGGCGUUUACAAGAUAGCAACCUACACAGUCGAUGCAUUAAAUUUUCCGAAUUCGGCAUAAAAUUAUUACGUAAUGUUAAUAAUAUUCCCAAGGACUCUAACAAAUACUUGCGUGUUAUUAAGGACAUAGUAAAGCGUGUCAGAAAUAUGAUAAAUGAAAACAUUGAAACUUUGCGAGAAAAUGAAAAUGUAAUCGAGGCAUCGGCAACAUUACUUUCAAUGCAUAUUUUGAUAUACCCGGGCGAAGCCCAAUGGAUGAACACCCACGAAACAAUAACUACAUCAAUACCCGAAAUUCCAUCCAUAAAAUCACAUAACUACUCAAUUGAAUCCGGACAUUUUGAUGAAAAUAAGUACAAAAAAUUGUUAAAACUAUCAACGGCGCGUUUGCUAACAAAUUACAUCAAUAAUCCUAAAGCUUAUCUUCAUGAUGUCAAUAGUGGCGCAUUAUCCGCCUUUAAUUCCACAAUAAAUAACGAUUAUUGUGAUUCUGAGAUGAUGCUGGAUGGUAUACGACAAGAUGGCUCAGCUUUUACUUUUCACCCGACGAGAAAUGUACUCCAUAUUGAUUACAGCUAUUACCUCAAAGAUGCUGUUGCUCACAUAAAAUAUCCGGAUUUUUAUGCUUCUGUUUACUCGGAACUCAACAUACCCGCUAAUUAUUAUGAUGUUGUUAAGAAAAUAGUCUCAAUAUUAAUGCACCCGAAGUUGGAUGUUGUACUGCAUGGUUUAAUCAGUUCGGAAGGCAAAACAAAAUUAAAUUUCAAUUGGUUGGAUGUAAAGGGUGAAACGGGUUGUUAUAUUAUACCUUCUAUUGGAUUUGGUAUUCUCAAAACAGAGAAUUUAAUGUUUCCCUUAAGGAUACAGAUGUCUGGUAUUCCGACUUCUUGCUUAAAUACAUGUGAAGAAUCGCAGAAAACAAAAUGUAAUCCAUUCGCUACAAGUAUUAUGAACAUAAGAACAAUUUACACUCCUGAGCACAGUGGCGAUGUCAAAGAUUUCGAAAAUUGGGAUGACGUUAAAUAUCAGUCAGGUAUAAUAAGGAAAAAACAAGAUAAUAUGUAUAUGCUUUACAACGAGGAGGCCUAUUCCUAUAGUGAUUGCAAUAAUACAUAUGAGAGAAGUAACUAUAUCGGACAAUUGACUGCGAUAGAUCAAGUUAUGUUUUGGAAAAGGACUUGUGAUAUUCAUACUGCCGAUGAGAUCUCCUACCAGAUCACUGAAGUGGGAGUAUGUACACAUAAUGGAAUGGAGACUUUUUAUCAAAUUCAUAAUAAGGGUUGGCAUGAUUUGUUGUUUUCUUGCAAUGUUGAAAUGAAAGGUGUCAAGAGCGCAAUCGCCCAAGUGGAAAGUUGCGAAUUAGUAUAUCUUGAUAUCGUAAUAGGUCAACAAAAAAAUGCAUCUUUUAUAUGGUACCAGUAUAUCACGCCCAGACUUUCGGUAAAUUUAAUAUACAAAGAUAAUAAACAGACUUUUGAGUACAAUGGUCAUAAAUAUAUUGUUGAGAAUAUGCCUGAUGAUCCGCAAAGUUUCACAGUUAAAUGCGAUACUGACGAUAAUGUUAUACUUAUUGGUAAUAAUUCCACUCGUGUUAAUGAUUCUGUAACUUAUAAAAAUGUUACCUAUUACCGUGACAAAAGAACAAUGAUGUAUGUGAAACCUUAAUUGUAUUCGUAGUAUCUAAUUAUUUUCAAGUAGAAAUUGAGAUAUUAGAAAUUAAACAACUUUUUUUU